CCUGCCCAGAGCUGCCAUUUCCAAACAACGGCAACAGGACAGAGGGUCAUCUUUACGGAGACACAGUCACCUUUUCCUGUGACGAAGGCUACGAACUGAUCGGUUCUGAAAACAGAACUUGCCAGGCCGACCAGAGCUGGUCAGGUGUACAGACCAAUUGCUCCAGAAAAGCCUGCCCAGAGCUUCCAUUUCCAAACAACGGCAACAGGACCGAGGGUCAUCUUUACGGAGACACAGUCACCUUUUCCUGUGACGAAGGCUACGAACUGAUCGGUUCUGAAAACAGAACUUGCCAGGCCGACCAGAGCUGGUCAGGUGUACAGACCAAUUGCUCCAGAAAGCUCUGCCAACAACUGAUGGCACCUUCUAAUGGCAACAUCAGCGGCGGUAGUUCUUAUGAGGACGUCGUUGCUUAUCACUGUGACCCUGGAUACGAGAUCAGUGGUGAUGAAGAACGAACAUGCCAGUCGAACCAGACCUGGAGCGGUACACAGCCUACAUGCGUUGAUUGCGUUCCUGACAUCAGCCUGUAUGGAGGAGGAAACAGUGAAUCUUCAGCAGUGAAGAUCACGCGGCGGACAGCCUUCACCAUACGGAGCCGCAUCAACGUCAUCUGCAGUCAGACAUACAGCGUCACGUAUGAGUGGAACGUUUUUCAACAUGACCCAAUGGGUAAUGUAACACAGCCACUGGACUUUCCUCACAAAGUCGUGCGUGAUUCGCAAGACAUCACAAUUCCGAGAAACAGCUUGGGCUAUGGCGCCACGAUUGUUGAGCUGAACGCUACCAUGGACUUCCCGACUACUGGAAGCAAAAAGUCACAGGUCCAAAAACAGUGGGUCAUCAUCACACCAUCGGCCCCAGUUGCGCAUAUAGCCGGUGGCUCUGCUAAAUCUGUCAGUCGGAAUGGUGUUCUGGUACUGAACGCAUCAGAGUCGUAUGAUCCGGAUGAAUACAUCGACGACUACAGGAACUUCAAUUUUCACUGGACCUGUCAGACGCCUAAUGGGACAUCAUGCAACGACAUAUUCCCUGAUGCCAGACAAAGUGCCGUCAAACUUCAGACUGCGUCAUUUCCUGAUGACAUCUUGACAUUCACGGUGGAGGUCGGCCUUCCCGGGAGGAACUCCUCACAAACCUCACAGUCAGUCACCCUACUAGACGGGGUUGUCCUCAACAUCGCCAUUCGGUGUGCGGCAAACUGCGAAACCAAAGUCAACCCAUCAGAGAGGCUAGUUCUCGUGACCCAGUGUGACGACUGCCCGACAGCAAGCACCACAUACCUGUGGACCCUGGUGGGAGGAAAGCACAUUGACUGGGAUGUGGACACGACAACCGGAAACUCGUCACAGAACCUAGUGGUUCGCAGUAACAUUUUUGAGGCAGGAGAAAGCUACACCUUCAGGGUAGAUGUGACUUCCGACGUCGCGCCUGGGGGAACCGGUUUUUCUGAGUACAGUUUCAGGGUCAACAAACCCCCUACUGUGGGGUCCUGUGCGGUCAGUCCUUCGUCAGGUGAUUCAACGAUAACGCCGUUUGACAUCUCGUGCGAAGGAGCCCGUGAUGAUGACUUGCCUCUGGUCUACAGUCUUUAUUUUAACAACGAUGAGAGUGACACAUUGCUCCAUACGGGAACGACCGAGCGAUUUCCACCCCAGCUGCUUCCAACAGGACAGGAACAUCGCGACUUCAACAUCACACUAGAAGUUCGUGUAUCGGAUGCUUUGGGUGCAACAUCAGUUAUCAGAAAUAUCAAAGUACAGGUCCGUCCACCGAGUGUGGAAGAUACGGCAGUGGCACUGGACAGCCUUAACGAUACGCUGGAGAACCUACUUCACAAAGGGGACAACCACGGCCUCCUGCAGCUCACCAACAGUCUUAGUUCUGUCCUCAACGCAGCGAACGCGUCCAGCUACAGCAACGAUUCACUUUCAAAGGCACGUGACGGGCUCAUUAACUCACUGACAAGGAUUCCAGUUCAGAGUCUGGACAACAUCGACCAGGUGGCAGGUGCCUUGGGCCUGGCAACGGCUUUAGAGGAGCAGGUCACUCCACAGUCUCAGGAGAGUGCAGCUCAAACUGUGCUGCGGAUGUCAAACUUUCUUGAAACACCAGGAAAGGAAGAUGUAGGUCCCGAAAGACUGGAGGAAACGGCAUCGGUACUUUUGAGAGCUUGUGUGAACUUACUUCAAGCUUCAACAGCCUCGGCUACAAAGAGCAAAGAGCUGCCAUCAUCUGAAACAAGAGACCUCCUCUUAGACAAGAACAAAAUUGCAACACAGACAACUUUUGUUGCAAUCGGGAAGCUGAACGCUGCUGUACUAGACCAGAAAGUCCCGGGGGAGAGCCCGACGACGUUCUCUGUAGGUGAAUUUAACUUGGCCGUUGAAAACAGCGGUCUUGUCAGGGUUGCUUGGGGAUAG